UCAGCACGCGGCAGCCAAGUGAGUGAGUGAGUGAGUGAGUGAGUGAGUGAGAGAGUGAGUGAGAGAGUGAGAAAGAGAGAGAGGAAAAGUGCCCGCUCGAGUCGGCCGCGGCGAGCACGCUGCAUCGGCACGCCAGCAGCCGGUCUGCUCGUCGUCGUCGUCGUCGUCGUCGUCGUCGUCGCCACCGCCGCAAGUUGUCAUCGUCAGCCGGGAUACGACAACGAGAACGGAGUAUCGAGUCCGCGUCGGACGCACGUGCAUCUCGGAUCUCUCGGCCGUGUAACAUUGUUAGGCCAAGAAGUGGUGUCUUCAUGUACUCGUGGAGACUUGACACUUGAUAUUCAUGGUACUGUGAUCAGUGUGAUCCUUUGCUGGUCGAAAAUCCACUUGGAGAAAAGACAAGCGGAAGAACGUUGUAAGACACGCAUACGGGAGCAAGUGGAUGCAGCGAGUGUUCCUCGAAAAAAAAAAUGGAAAUUCCGAUAUAAAUAUUUCGAACAACGAGCAAGAUUCACGCUUUGCCCUCGUACAGUACCCCCGAUGGUACGCCGGAUAUACGAGAGGGACCCGCAACGCAACGAUGCACGAGCUGCGGCUGCGAGCGUAGAACCGCGCGCGCGCGCACGGGCGGGCGCGGGCGCGUGUACGCGUGAGUGCGUGAACGAGCGUAAUUCGAAGUGAGCGCAACCUCGAUGCAGCGCGAGUGCGCGUGUAGUCGUUGACGUGCACGCGUCGCGCUCACGCGCGCGGUUGACAGUACGCGCGUCAUCCCGGUGUGAGUGCCCGCUUUUGUGUAAAAAUAAUCUGGAGUCGCGUGCGUUUCCUCAUCGAUUUGCGGUUGAUGCGGCUCGUGGAAUCGCCGAGUGCGAAAAGUCGCGACCGAGAGAAAGGUUGUCCCGCUGGAAGUAGUCGUUCUGAAAUUUAGCGCCGUGCAAUCACGCCGCGACGAUUUUCGUCGAAAGAUUGACGAUUCGUCGCCCAAUAACUCAAGGAACCUUAUGCGCCCGCGAUGUGACAGUGACAACGAAUCGAUUGAUGUACAAUGCGUCGUUGUGCGCUCUGCUCUGUGUGGACCGCUGCGAUAAAGACGGUGCGAUAAUUGAGCGAAGACGUGUCGCGAGAGGAACGCGCCGUGUUCCUCGGCGAGGAUGGGCGAAUUCGUGAAAUAGCAAGAGAGAAAGAAAAAAAGAUUUGAAGCAAGAGUAAAAGAAAGGAAGAGAAAAAAAAAGAAGAAAGAGAGAGAAAGAGAGACGUACACAAGCGAGCACGCGGCGUUUUAUAGCUACAGCUGCAACGUGCGAAGAAAGGAAGAAAGAAGAAGAAAUGUCGUGGGCCAACGUGGCCAGUGCCGCUCAACUGGCGGCCUCGCUAGCCCUGAUCUUGAGACUUCUCGUCGCCACGGCGGAUCCGAUCACGCAGACGACCGACGAGACAAUCUUUGAACGAACGACCUACAUCGUGCCGUUUUCCAUGGAGAAUGACAGCGAUAUCGGAGCACCCACAAAGCCGGAGAAUCUCACCUCUCGGGGAAUCACGGGCAGUACUAUUGAACUCUCGUGGUCGGAGCCUGAGAACGCCAAUGGUGUCAUCGCCGGUUACCGCGUUUACUACAUGCAUUCCAAUUACACGGACGUUAAGAUGCACCUACCCGACAAAUCUGCGGACUCCGACGAUUCAUACAUCGAAUUUGUUCUGAAAGAACUGCUCCCAUACACCGAAUACAAGAUCUGGGUGAAGGCUUACACGCGGAAGAACGAGGGCGAGCCAUCCGAUCAGAUCAUUCGUAGGACCGACAUAACUGGACCGAGUGCACCUCAGAUCUUGAAUUUAACUUGCCAAUCGCACGAGUCCGUUUACGUUCACUGGGCCAGGCCGGCGAACUUCUGGGGCUCGAUCGAUUACUACUACAUCAAUUAUCGAAGGGAUAAUGGACGAUAUUACGAGGAGAUCGAAUUGUCGGCCGACAAAAGUCAUCUCGAGAGCGGGGCGAUUAUACCCAACCUGACGGUGAACACCGUUUACGAGAUUGUGGUACGGGGAGCCACCAGAAGCACAAUAGAUAACCGCCUGAUCAUCCGAGGUGACAGCUCCAUACCGACGAAGGUGCUGGUCACCCGCGAUUGCGACAAGAUACCGCCCUUGAUGCGCCGCAGCAGCAAGGAUCUCAGCGCGGGUGUGAUCGCCGGUAUGGUCUGCGCCUGCUUCGCCGUGAUGCUGGCGAUUACGUCCUUCGUGUUGUGGAAACCGAUUUUUAGGAAAUGCUUCCAUACUGCCUACUAUUACCUGGAUUACCCGCCGCGGAAUGUUCCUACUCUUCAAGAAUGGGAGAACAGCGAGCAAGACGGCGAGAGGACCGCCGUGGCCGUUCAGCAAUUCGUUCAGCAUGUCGCGAGUCUUCAUGCCGACGGUGAUAUCGGUUUCAGUAAAGAAUACGAGCUAAUACAAUCCGAGACUGGCGAUUAUACCGUGGAGAAUUCCCAGUUCGCUGAGAAUAAGGCCAAGAACAGAUACUUGAAUAUACUCGCGUACGACCACACUCGUGUGCAAUUGCUCUCCUGCGGCGGUGGACCGCCUAAAAAAGGCCAGGAUUAUGUUAACGCGAACUACAUCGACGGGUGGCAAAGAGCGCGAGCUUACAUCGGUACCCAGGGUCCACUACCGCCUACGUUCGAUGGUUUUUGGCGGAUGGUUUGGGAACAGCGAGUAUCAAUAGUUGUAAUGAUUACCAACCUUGUUGAACGCGGUCGUAGGAAAUGUGAUAUGUACUGGCCCAAAGAAGGGACCGAAACGUACGGUUACAUUCAAGUAACUUUAGUGAGGGAGGACAUUAUGGCCACAUACACCAUCCGUACUCUUCAAAUUCGACAUUUAAAGCAGAUCAAGAAGAAGAAAAAUGGGACCAAUAUGGGCGAGCGCACUAUAUGGCAGUAUCACUACACCAGCUGGCCUGACCAUGGCGUGCCCGAUCAUCCAUUACCCGUUCUGAGUUUUAUUCGCAAAUCGUCCAACGCUAAUCCCCCAGAAGCUGGACCUAUCGUCGUUCAUUGCAGCGCUGGCGUCGGACGUACCGGAACGUACAUCGUGAUCGACGCUAUGCUGAAGCAAGCUAAAGCCAAGAGCGAGAUUAAUGUGUUCGGUUUCCUCAAGCACAUCCGCACUCAGAGAAAUUUCCUGGUUCAGACGGAAGAGCAGUACAUCUUUAUUCACGAUGCUCUGCAGGAGGCGAUUGAGAGCGGCGAGACCAACAUCGACUCUAAUAACUUAAUAAAGCAUAUUCAAGAUAUGCUGUGUCCAUCGAAUAACAAGACUGACGCGUGGAACAACAUCGAAGCUCAAUACAAGUUGGUGACGUCGUGGAAACCUAAGGACUUCAAUCUCGUAUCCGCCACCAAAGCGUGCAACGUCCACAAAAAUCGUAACAUGGACAUUAUCCCUAUCGAAAAUGCGCGCGUUCACCUAACGCCGAAACCAGGCGUUGACGGAAGCGACUACAUAAACGCGACAUGGGUUUCAGGUUUUCAACGCAAUCGUGAGUUUAUCAUAACGCAACAUCCGAUGGAGAACACCAUAAUGGAGUUCUGGCAAAUGAUGUGGGACCACAAUGCUCAGACUAUCGUUAUGUUAACUCAAUGCGAUGAGGAGGAGUAUCCGGAGUUUUGGCCCUUCGAAGGAAAGGAUCUUGAAUCCGAGACAUUCCGAGUACGACUCUGCGGCACGAAGGAGACCGUGAACGGAACGAUCUUGCUAGAAGUGGCGGUUCGAUCGUUGCAGGAUGAUUAUGAGCUCAGUGCCAGGAUCGUUCAAGCACCGUCGAAUCAAAGCGGUUUGUGGCCGCACAACAAUAAUCCGAAGACCUUUGUCAGCAUCAUUCAAGACUUUCAUCGGGAUUAUCAGAACGGUCCUAUCGUUGUAAUGGAUAGGUACGGUGGAGUCGAGGCUGCACUCUUUGUUCUGCUGACUACGUUAAACAAGCAAUUGGAAUUCGAGCAAAGCGCCGACAUCUACAUGUUCGCAAAGCUACUUUACAUGAAACGACCUGGCGUUUUCCGCUCGAAGGAGGAUUACAUAUUGCUGUACCAGUGUCUCGAGUCCAUGCUAUCUACGAAAGGCCGCGCGGAGCCCGACCUGUACGCCAUGGCGAACGGACACGUCGCUACGCUGAAUGACCCAAACGAGAUCAGGUCGGCCUCGUCGAUUCAACAUAUGCCGAUAGAUUAUCCAUCCAAGUCAUCCGUCAUUCGCGAAUACGCGACCGUAGAAGUCAGUUCCGAAUACCUGUCCGACUAUAGCAUUCCCAUACGCGUGGAUCACCCAAUCGAAUCGUCCAGCAGUCGUGGGAGCGAACCCUGCCUCUCCUCCCACGGCGGCAGCAAUGAUCACGUAGUACCGUCGGAAAAAAGCAUGGUGGUAUCGCAGAGAAACAUUAGUUAUCAUAAUCAUCCACCAUCCGGUGUCUCCGUAAUGGUCGAUGCUAAUGGUUAUAUCACAAAUGGCAGCAUGCGUGUACCCUCCGACAGUAUGGAGCCCAGCUGUAAGAUGAUGCCGCAAUGAUGCCGGCCUAUCUUCGGUUGCAGCGCACCCUCGCGAAAGUCGGCCCCGCUGUAAUCGAGAUUCCCGAACGCCGGAAAUUUAAUCACAAUCUGACUGAUCCUCGCAUCGCAGAGGAGGUGAUAAUUUGCAUCCAAGGGAGAGCUGGAGGAUCUUCGAACGGAUUUCUUAGUGUACAUAAAGCUAACGUGAAUGUUAAAAAAAAACGAAAAAAAAUGUGAAGGAAAAGAAUUUCGGUAAGGAAACCCGGUUUCCGACGCGCGAGCGGACAGUGCCAAACAAAGAGACAAAAUUGCCGCCGAUGCAUGCCGGAUGGGCGAUGCUUAUCUUGUCCGUUGCGUAAGUUUAUGUUGUUUAAUUUUAUUUUGUAUAUAUUAUAUAUAUAUAUAUUGCAUAAUUAUUGAUAUACACACACACACGUGCGCGCGCGCCCGCGCACACAUAUGCAUAAUACGUAUAGGUGCAUACACACACAUACACGUUACAUAAAAUAUUAUAUAUAUGUACAUGUAUAGG